UACAGUAAGCGUGAAUGGCCACAACGAACUGAAUUCACAGUGGGGAGGAACAACGUCAAGUGGGAGCCCUUGGUGGACCCCCAGAAGGUACUGAUGCCACCACUCCACAUCAAACUGGGUCUUAUAAAGCAAUUCGUCAAAGCUCUCGACAAAAAUUCUUCAGCGUUCAAGUACCUACAAGACUUGUUCCCUAAGCUCUCUGAGGCGAAAGUUACAGCCGGUAUCUUCGUUGGACCACAAAUAAAGAAAAUCUUCGAGUCUGAGGAAUUCCCCAAGAAGCUCACUCGUGUUGAGAAAGCUGCUUGGAUGAGUUUUAUGUCAGUGGUACAGGGAUUCCUAGGCAAUCACAAAGCCGCAAACUACGUGGAGCUGGUCGAAAGUCUGGUGGAGAACUACGGCAAAAUGGGCUGCAGGAUGUCUCUCAAACUCCAUAUUCUGGAUGCACAUCUUGACAAAUUCAAGGAGAACAUGGGAGCAUAUUCAGAGGAGCAAGGCGAGCGCUUCCAUCAGGAUAUAAUGGAAUUUGAGCGGCGAUACCAAGGACAAUACAAUGAGAACAUGAUGGGAGAUUACAUUUGGGGAUUGAAGUUUCCGAGGAAUAUUAGGUGGUUUCCAUACUUUUAAGGCAUAACAGACUAGGAAAUAACAAUUACAUCCCAAGGACUGAGAAAUUUUUUUUUUUGUUACUUAGUGUUAUCAGACACAUUCUUAGGAUUAAGAGAUACAUAGUUGUGAGAGGCUGGGCGAAUUAGAUGACGAUGUACUCUUAGCUGCGGCUGAAUCUUCCCAAAUAACGUUAGGGGGAGAGGUGCGGAUGGAUCUUUUGCGAGCAGCGGCACACUCGUUGCAAAAAUAUUUAUUUCCAGAGCUCUUUAAGAAAUCCAAGUCAGCAGGCAAAACACCAACACAUUUCAUAUGAAAAAACUCGUUGCAAUUUUCACAUUGAAUUUUUGUUUUAGCUUUCAUAAGGUCAACUUUUUGACCACAAAUACACGGCAAACUUAUUAGUUCCAAACACAUAAGAGUCACUGCCUCAGGCGCUAUGUUAUUAUUUUAAUAAAGUUGUCAAUUUGACGGAGAAAAAGUUCACCGACUCAGAGCUUAGUAAAACACGUCCACUCGCAACAACGACUUGUAACUUAUUAAAUAAUUUUAGUUUACCCCUUUAAACUGGGGCAACCCUCAAACA